AUGGUGAGAGCGAGUGCAAUCACCAAAUGCAAACGAAGGGCUCCAAUCCAAAUACCCUAUGGCUCGGGGUAUAUAAUCGAAUCCGCCCAAUAUGGCAAGCCCGAUAUCUUCAAGAAAAUUGUAUACAAAUCCAUGCUGCCGGAAAACCCAUCGGUAACAGCUUACUACAUAGAUUACCCAUCGCUCCAAGAGCACCGGCUCGGCGAACCGUCCCGCUCAACGGCCAUGCGUUGGAGGUUUCAGGAACUCACUUUCAGAAUAUACACUAGUGUAAAUGGGGAAUAUGAGGUCGCGAUGCCGAAUGUUACAGCCAAUGAUGAUGAUACACUGGAUGCUUUGGUUAACGACAUUAUAGUUGAAUUCCACGGCUUGGAGGACGCUGGUAACGGCGAGAAUUCUUGGGGAUCCCUCCCCCGUGAAGAAGGAUUUUCAUUCGACUUACAAUACGAAGGAUCCUCACUUUUUCAAAUGAUAAAUACUGAUAAUAGGCAGUUCGGGCAAAGAAUACAGCUCAGGUCAGUUUUUCGUCGAAACCCCCAUAAUGUAUAUGAAUUACUUUGGAAGGAGUAUGAUGCUCGAGGCAGAGAAUGUAAAAAUACGUUCUUUGGGGACAAAUUGUAUCAUAUAAUCGACCUUACAAGCGAAACAGAUGAAGAUGAAAGUGAAUGUGAAAAUGAAGAUGAAGAUGAAGAUGAAGAUGAAGCAGAUACAAAUGAUCCCCCACAAACUCCAGGCCCGCCUGCCGCUGGCGAUAAUAUUAUCUCGCUCCUAUCGUCGCCCCCAAACCCAAGCGCUUAUCCCACGGCCCUCGACCAACAGUAA